AUGUCGUCGCGACCGCCCAUCUUUCUCCUCCCCAACUCUCCAUCCUGUCGAGUUCUUGAUCGGUUCAGCGAUUUACCCGACGAUGUUGAAGUUGAAGAGGAUGAAUCUGGAUGCAUCCCAUUCUGGCCUCUACUGCAGCAUCUCCUCCAUCUUCCUGUCUCAUCAGUCUCACAACUCAUAGACCGGAUGCAGACUAUUGCCGCCAAUGCAGGUACAUGUCAAGACAAUGACUUUGGAACACUGAAAGAGUUUGUGAGCACUCGAGGCGAGGAUAAAUUCUUUAGCAUGACAUGGCCGAAACUACGCGACAUCGCCCUCGACCUUCCGACCUACUUCCCCAGUGGACAACUUGAGCUUCUUCAACCAGGUCUACCUCUACGUCUAAGCCGUGGCCAGGUCGCUUGCUUGGUCAUACACCAGUUCUUAUGCUCUAGUGUCCCUCAGAGAGACGAUGAAGGCUACCAGGACUUGGGCAUCUGGUAUUCGUCUGAGCAAAGACAUCCUGCAGCGGUAGAGAUGUACCUCGAAGCACUCUUCAUCUACUUUGAACAUCUACCCAAAGCCUCCGAUCUGCUUCAAGAUCACACAAGUUUUACGGAUGGCACCGAAACCUGCGUCGUAUACGAGCUGUAUCGGAAAGAGAACGAAGUGGCUCUGGAGAUGGCAAAGUUGGCACCAGUUCAUGUCAGCUAUCUUGACACCCACACAACCGAUAUACACAACCCCGAAGUCCAAGGAAAAGGAGGUGCUGCUGUCGUCUCUGCAAACAAGAUCAUUGGGUUCGGUCAGUCGGCGACACAGGAAGAGAUAUUUGUCGGAAUCGCGCCAGAGAGUUAUCCUGUCGUUCUGGUCGCACCACACCUCGCAGAUGGCACCGUUAUUACUGUGUCAGGUGCAAGAGCAAUGUUGAAUGUCAAAGGUCAGCGGAGGCAGAUUGAAUGGAGCCCUGUUCCCAUUCCACCCCUGAUCGAGGGUGUCGAGCGGCCGGGCGGUCGUCUCGUCUUCAUGGAUGCGUUGGAGAUGGACAUGCUUGAGCCAUCAUCUGAAGGGUCCUUACCUGAUCUGCAUCCGGAAAACAUCGACCGAGAGAUCAAAAAGGCAACCGCAGGCUUCGAAUUCUACCAAGGAAAUGCUGUCUUUACCGGCCUCUGGGGGUGUGGCGCAUUCGGAGGUGACCCAGGGGUAAAGCUGAUAAUUCUCUGGAUUGCAGCAGCAGCAGCGGGAAUUAGACUUCAUAUAGUCCUUGGCCCAGAAGAACACGAGCUCGGAGUUGCAUUCGAGAGGGCAGUCAAGGUCGGUGAAGGCUCAUCUGCAAAGAUGAUCAGGGACACGUUGUUGAAAGCUCCGGAGAAACUGCAAAGGGAAGGGAUCCUAGAGUGGAUUGAACAAGCGGUGUCAGGGACUCCAUGA